CUAAUUAGUGGUUAGUAGUACUUACUUAAAAGUGUAAGACUUUAACAUAAUCAUAAGUCAUAUGGGUGGUUUAUGUUCAACAUUUUCCUUCAUCUUUCUACAUGUAAAUUGUUUGACGUUCUAACCCCAUAUGAAUGGUAUAGUUACAACUUACAAGACAGAAUAUCCCCAAAUUUAGUAAAGUUGAAAGAAAAGCCAGCAAUUUUAGUAUUUGAAUUUACUAAUUAAUUUGUCAUGGUUUCCUUUUGUUUGAUUGUCCUCUGUUUAUUUUCUAUGAUUGUCAUCCUCCUCCCUCUUUAUUUCUCUCUCUUUUUCAAUCCCCUAAUCCGUUAGCUCCUCGUUCAUUCACCGGAAAGAAGGAACAUUUUGUGGGAGAUAUUGCAAAACCUCAAUUUUUGCAUAAAUUCUUAGAGAGAGAGAGAGAAUCGAGGGGUAGCUUAGUGGAGCUACCCUAAUCUCCUAGGGUCCCACCCCGAUUGGAUGUUCGGGGUGGGAAAAAAAAAGGGAGGAGGAUAUUGUAGCCAGCCUGUUUGUGUCAUAAGAAACAGGGCUCGGAAUGUACCUUCGCCGGUAAUCUAGAGCCCAGGGUUUGAGUUUUAUCAGCUGUUAAACAAAUCUAUAGUUGUUAUUAUUAAAAGAAAUGAAUAAAACAUCGAGGGAACCGACUUGUCUAAGAAUACCACCAUGGUACCACAGGCAACAUUUGGUGGAAUUCCCUUCAGUUAUAUUGCAACUUCAAAUGUUUGUUGUCUACUGUCUAACUCAACUCAUUCAUCACACUUCCUGCAAGCAUUUUGGCCUCCCUCCUCUUGUUUCCCAAUUAAUAGCGGGUGUGGUCCUGAGUCCAGAAAUAUGGAGUAGAAGUAUCCAGCCACUCAAGGCAGGUCAUGAAAUAAUAUUUCCAGUGGCAAGUGAAGAAGUAUGGAAGACUAUAGCUAUGUUGGGUUUCGCUCUUUCUAUAUUCAUAAUCUCUGUUAAAACAGAUUUCAGCAUCAUCCUGAAAACUGGGAGAAAACCUGUUGUAAUCGGACUACUAGUUCCCUUUGUCACAGGCUUUGUAAGCUUAACAGUUGCAAUUUGGUAUCAAGUAGAUGAGGAACUAAGACGAGUUCGUGAACUUUCAGCCAGCGCAUCAGUAAUAUCAUUGUCUACAUUUCCUGUGAUUGCUGUUCUUCUUAGUGACUUGAAACUUCUUAACUCAGAACUUGGUAGAUUAGCAUUGUCUUGUGGGAUUGUUGGAGAGAUGGCAGGGCUUUGUCACACAUUAAUAUUGAAACGGAUAUUUACUACAGUUUCACUUCUUCAAAAAAGGGAGACAGCAGGAGUUGUAUUCUUUGUUACACGUCGUGUUAUUGGACUUGCUGUGUUCUUCCUCUGUGUAAUAUACUUUCUCAGACCAUGGAUGAAAAGCAUAAUAAAACAGACACCAAAAGGGAAACCAGUCAAGGCUACUUACCUUAUUCUUGUAUUUUUGUUGAUGUUGAUAGGAGGCAUCAUAUCAGAUACCGGUGGUGAGUUUGUAAUAGUUGGUUGUUGGGUGGUGGGAGCUGUAGUACCUGAUGGACCACCUUUAGGAUCAGCUAUUGUCAGUAAAUUCGACACCUUAGUCUCCGGGAUUCUUGUUCCUUUUUUCAUAACCAUGUCGGCCAUGAGGGCUAAUGUGUUCAAAGCUAAUUUUCAUGACAAGACCAUCCAUGGUGAACUCCUCAUCACUCUGUCUGGUUUCUCUACAAAGAUCCUUGUUUGCCUUGUGUGUGGAAAAUACUAUGAUAUGGGAAUCUCAGAUACUUUGGCUCUUGCUGCCAUUAUGUCAUCCAAAGGCCUUGUUGAUAUUGGGAUCUUAAACAUGUUAUUUGAUUCUGAGAUGAUUAGAGAGUCGACUUGUGCAUAUUUGAUGAUUGUUACAAUUGUUACUGCAAUUGUAGUACCGAUCACAGUAAAGUGCCUUUAUCAACCUCUAAGGAAGUAUGUAGGAUAUGAGAAGAGAGAUAUAGUGAGUUGCAACCCAGAAGCUCAUCUGCGAGUACUUUGUUGCAUAUCUAGACCAGAUGAUGUACCUGCAGUGAUCCAUCUGCUAGCUCUUUCAAAUCAAUCAGCAAACCAUAUAAUAUUGGAUGUUCUACACCUUAUAAAGCUAGCAGGAAGAGCACAACCCAUAUUCGUAUCUCAUGAUUUGCAGGAAGGAAAUGCAUCAGAAAACAUGUCAUUCUCAGAAGAUAUGAUCUCCUCUUUUAAGUCAUUGAUUCAAAGAGCUAGCAUGGACAAUGACCUGUUUGUACACUUGUACACAACAGUGACACCACAUAAGGCAAUGCAUGAUGAUAUAUGCACUCUUGCCCUUAACAAUUCAGCAUCACUUAUCAUCUUACCUUUCCACAGAAAGUUAAGUAGUUUGGAUGGAUCUGUUGAUUUUGAAGAUCAUGGACAGAGAGUCCUAAACAACAGCAUCCUCGAGCGAGCCCCGUGUUCUGUUGGAGUCUUUAUCAACAAAGGAACAUUAAAAAUCCCCACAACUCAUUCCUCAAACUUGACAUCAAUAGUAGUGCAAUCCCCAACUGAGUCUCCUGGACAAAAUGACUUCUCAGCAGCAGUUAUUUUCAUAGGAGGAGCAGAUGAUCAAGAAGCAGUAGCAUAUGCCAAACGGAUUGCUUCAGGAACAAAGGUAUGGGUGCUUGUUAUCCGACUUAUUGUUGCUCAAGAUGAACGUGAACUUAGUGUGCUUGAUUCCACAACACUAUCAGAUAUCCAAGAAUACAAAAACAUAAAACCACAAUUUAAUUACUCAGAACAAAUGGUCCAUGAUGGUUCACAAACAGCAAAAAUGUUAAGGUCAAUUGCACAAGACUUUGACCUUAUGAUUGUAGGAAGAUCACACGAUUUAAAUAGUCCUCAACUUUCUGGUUUACAACAAUGGAGUGAAGUAAGGGAACUUGGUAUCCUUGGAGAUAUCUUAGCAGCACCAGAUUUUCCUGGCAGGACAUCAGUUUUGGUUAUACAACGCCAAAAACAAUGGUCGUCAAAAGGCUACAAGUAUAGUUGAUUGCUUCUAGAUAGUCUUUUCGAUACUUGUACAUAAAUCAAUUUUUGUUGUACAAAUUCGACCUAACGAUAUCUUUUACUCCAUGAUAUGAUUUAGUACAGAAUAGUUAUUUGGUCUAAAUAUGAAAAUUACAUACAAGUUCAAUACGAGCAAACUCUUCCCAUGGGAGAGGUUUGUAUUACUGUUUAUACACAUACAUACGUACUGUAAUAAAAAUGAAAUAUGCACGAGUUCUAUCAAGAAUACUACGUAUUUCC